UGACGUUUAUGUUCAUCAGCUGAUUGUACGACUAGAGUAGAAUCAAAACACUGCGUUAAAAUAAAACUGGAUUGUAAUUGAAUUAUGAAUCGCCUUCUAAGAGAUUAUUCAAGUGUCGUAUAAAAUGACUUCUUUUGGCUUCCUCAUCUACCCCUGUGCACGUUUUCGCCUCACAGCUGUUCCGUUCCUCUCCAGGCUCCCCAUGGUGCAGUAAAGCUCCAGAAUGGAUAAGAUUCUCGAAGGUCUGGUGAGCUCAUCUCACCCGAUCCCUGUGAAGCGGGCUAUAGUGAAGAUGGUGGUGGAGGCGGCUGAGAAAGAGGUGACCCAGGAGCAGUGUCAGGCCCUGUAUCAGCUCACUGCACGUCUUAUCCUGCUUGGCGAGGACGCCUUCCAGCGGCAGGUGGGCCUCCAGGUGCAGGAGGCGUACGCUCGUUACCACCGUGACGAGUUUGCCCGCUUCCUGAGUAAGGACUAUGUCCUGGACUUGCUGCGUCAGGGCUACGGCCCUCUGGACCGCCGUGAUCCGACCAUACUGGACUUCCUCCAUGGCUGCCUACGGCUUCUUAUCAGCUGCCCGGCUGUGCUGGAUCUGGCGCCGAUGCUACAAACUGAGGUUCUCCGCAUGGUCUGUGAGCGACCCGAUGCCGGGUUCUGCAGCAAGCUCGCCACGCUGCUCAGCGACUUCCCACAGUGUAUACCGCGCAGCAAAGCUGCCGUGCUGCUCUGCCAGCAGUUUGUGCGCACGUUUGCACAUUUCCAGUGUCCGGCAGCCGAGGAGGCGGAGCUUAGGCGCUACGUAGGGCAGGUGGGCUGUGUAGCCACGUUGCUGCAGGGCAUCUGGAAGUCGGAGCCUGCCACGCUUCUGCCCUCACUACAGGAAGUCUUCGCUAUUAUCUCCUCAACAGAUCCAUCUACUGAACCAUCCAUCGCUCUGGCCAGUCUGGUGCAGCAUAUCCCUCUGCAAAUGAUCACUGUCCUCAUCAAGAGUCUCACCACUGACCAAAACGUCAAAGACGCCAGCAUGACACAGGCACUCAGCAGGAUGAUCGACUGGCUCUCGUGGCCGCUGGCCCAUCACGUAGACACCUGGGUUAUUGCUCUUCUGAAGGGACUGGCUGCCGUGCAGAAGUUCACCAUCCUCAUCGACGUCACCUUGCUUAAAAUCGAACUGGUCUUUAAUCGUCUGUGGUACCCCAUAGUGAGACAAGGGGCGUUAGCAGUCCUCUCUCACAUGCUGCUGAGCUUCCAGCACUCACCGGAGGCCUUUCAUCUGGUAGUCCCUCACGUGGUACCGCUGGUGAAGUCUUUGCAGAGCGAUGGCCUCCCUACCAGCGAAACCUUCCUGCUGCAGUUCAGCGAGCUCAUCCACUGCAUGAUGUACCAGUACUCUGGCUUCCCCGACCUUUACGACAGCAUCCUCGAAGUCAUUAAGGAGCUCCCUAAACCCAGCGAAGAGAAGAUCAAGUACGUGCUAAACCAAAGUGCCUGGACCUCGCAAUCAAACUCUUUCGCCUCUGGACUGCUGAGGAUUACGGGGAAAUCAGAGACAGGGAAGACUGGACUCAUGAACUUGGGCAACACGUGCUACCUAAACAGCAUCAUUCAGGUGCUGUUCAUGGCUACAGAUUUCAGACGGAAUGUAUUAUCUCUGAACCUGAACGGUUCCAAUACGCUGAUGAAGAAACUGCAGCUGCUCUUCGCUUUCCUGGCACAUACUCAGCGUGCAGCGUACGCACCACGGGGCUUUCUGGAAGCCUCUCGGCCGCCCUGGUUCACAGUGGGCUCCCAGCAGGACUGUUCUGAGUAUCUCCGCUUUCUUUUAGACAGGCUCCACGAGGAAGAAAAGACACUCCGAGCUCUCCAGACAGCCAAACCUAAUACCACGUCCUCUGACGCUGAGGUUACGGACGAUGCACAAGCUCAGAACGUGACCAACACCCCGUGUCAUUCUCAGACUAAACUGGCGGACACUGAUGAUGGACAGACUCUGGUGGAGCAAAUGUUCGGCGGGCGUCUAUCCACGAGCAUCCGCUGCCUGCAGUGCCACAGUCUUUCUGAGAAAGAGGAACCGUUUACAGAUCUUUCUCUUGCUUUUUGUCCAACGGGCACUGUGGGCUCCUCGACCGUGCACUCCCACCAGGGGGCAGUAAACGGCGGCAGUGAGAAUUCUGAAGGUGCUGCAAAGGAUGAGCGGAGCGAAGAGAGACCCAAGAUGGAGACAGUGCUGUCCCUGUUAGAUCUGCUCGAGUAUUUUCUGGCACCAGAGAUCCUGGAGGAGGACAAUUGUUACUUCUGCGAACGCUGUGGCUCCUUGCAGCGGGCGGAACGAGCCAUACAUGUGGUGACUGCCCCGGAGUACCUCAUCCUCACUCUCUUACGCUUCUCGUAUGAUGCGACAUGCCACGUGCGACGCAAAAUCCUGGACAACGUAGACAUCCCAUUGCACAUGCAUCUGCCUGUUCAGCAGCACAGCACUUCCUCAUUUUCCUCUUCUUCAUCACCACAGUCGGUGCAAAUGGACUCUCCAGAUAGUGGCGAGAACUUGGCCAAGAAGCUGAAACCUUCUCAUAAAGAGAAAGAGGAGGAAGCCGAAGGCGUAACGGACAGCGGGAUCGAGAGCAGGAGAACGGACUGGGGGUUAGGGGUGCGGUGUGUACCUUACGUCCUGAGUUCUGUAGUGAUGCAUUCUGGGAUGUCCUCGGAGAGCGGACACUACUACUCGUACAGCAGGAACACAAGCGGUAUGUCAGCCAAUCACUCUCUUAAGAAUCCGGAUUCAGAUUCCGGUGUCGGCUUUUCAGAGAGCUCGAGAGCUUCACAGGAAGUACUGGAGCGUGCAGGGCAAGACUCCAGGGACUGGUUCCUGUUCAACGACAGCAGAGUGACCUUUACCAACUUCCAGUCCGUGCAGAACAUCACGAGUCGUUUCCCUAAGGACACGGCCUAUGUCCUGAUUUACAGGAAACAGGAAGAAGUCGGGGGGCAGGCUGGGACUUCGAGAGCUACCGUGAAUGGUGCUAGGUUCAGCGGGGAACCACCUCUUCAUAAAGAUCUGAUGGAUGCCAUCACCAAAGACAACAAACUCUUCUUACAGGAGCAGGAGCUUAACGCCAGGGCCCGUGCUCUCCAGGCCGCCUCGGCCUCCUGCUCGUUUCGUCCCAACGGCUCAGAUGACAACGAGCCCCCGGGAAGCUGCGGGCCAUCGGGUGGAGGAGGAGGUGGAGGAGGAGGAGGAGGAGGAGGAGGCUUCAGCACUGUCAGCAGACUGGUCUUCUGAGAGUGGGACACUUUCACACUCAUACAGCGCACUGGACUCAUACACUCAACACUGGACCUCCUUCUGUCUGAAACCCACAUGCAGAAAUUUUCAAUAACUCAAAACCACCUCACAAGCUUUUCUAAACAUACAUAUCCUUCUGUUUUCAUGCAAAGUGUUCACAAAGAGCACUUUUUGGUAACACUUUAUUAUACCACAUCAAGGACCUUUGUAAUACAUUGCAUAAAUCCUUUUCUAGAGAAAUGCUGGAGACUUUAUGAAAUGUCAGCACUCGAGAUUUGAUCUAAUUUUGGGUCUUUACACGAAAGAGAGAAGAGAGAACAACCUGCAGGCUUUUUAAACUCCAUUUUUAAAAAAAAAAACAAA